AUGGAUGUUCUCGCUGACACUUUGUUGCAUUCAAAGGAUACGUUCUAUGUUGUUGCAGAGUCUGCGUACGGCUACGAGCUGGUCGAACAGCUUUUGCAACAAAAUGAGUUUGCAGAAAAGAAUGUCUGUGAGAUAAUUAAGCAGGUAAUAAAUGCCGUUGACUAUCUUCACAGUUACGAUAUUGUUCAUGGAGAUAUCAGGCUGGAAAACCUUUUCUAUCAGAGACGAAACUCUAAGUUUUAUGUCGUUCUUGCCAAUUUUGGCCUCGUACAGACAAUGAAUGUCGAGGAACUUGCCUGCAAGCCAAUUGGCCCGUCAUUUAACUACCCGGCACCUGAAGUGUUUGAACAGAAGGCGCCAGACAAACCUACGGACCUGUGGUCUACAGGAAUCAUUACCCAUAUUCUUCUUUGCGGGUACGCGCCCUUCUGCAGUGACAAUCUCCCCGAUCUGCUACGAUAUUAUAAAGCGUCGCGGCUGUGGAACCGCUCGGAGCAUCGGGAGGAUAUCAGUCCACAUGGACUAGACUUCGUCUUCCGACUCUUCGAGUUCGACCCCGAGAGGCGUCUGACCAGCAGGCAAGUCAAAGAUGAGUCCUGGUUGAGCGGCAAUAGCGCAACAAACAACGACCUGCAUCCCAAAUUGGAAGUCUACCUAGAUAACCGACUUGCCUGCGAUGUCGGUCUGUGGAACGAAAUUGCGAACCACGAGGAAGACUUUACCGAAUUCGAUUUAAUCAAGUUGAGCCUCAGGGACAAUUCCUCCGGUAAAAGCGCGCUGCGAGUACCAGGGAGGCUAGGAGAAGACAGUCGGGUGCUAUCGAGUUCAUCCAAAUCGUUCUCCGAGGUCUCAAAAGAUACGCAGUGCUGGGGUUUAUCAUCAUUAAUUUUGAGUGACGAUGUGAAGAUCAACCGUCCACCGGACCUCCUGGGCCAUCAUGAGUCAAAGAAUUUGGGUAGAGGCAAUCAGCCACUCGCGACCAUUGUGCACCCAGCUCCAGGAAGCAUCGCGGAAGCUUUGACGUAUGAAAAUGCAGAUGAUCUCGCAAUCUUCUUGACAGAAAGAUUUAGCGAAUCCGCACACGGCGAGUAUGCCUGGAUAGCAGAGCUCAAGGACAUAGGAUAUACGCAUACGGAGAUUGCGGAGCUGCUCUACGAGAGAGUUCACGACUCGCCUUGGAUUUACUUUGAACCCUCAUAUUUCCCAUCUAUGAGGACCCUACAAAAUCACCAUUUAGACGACUGCGCUCAUCAGCUCCUCAAUCCCUCUUCCUCAGGGAAGCUCACCUUGCUGGAAGAUCAGGAUAGGAACGUCCUGCUAGCGAUCGAAGAAUUAUGCGGUUUGGGUGGCAUAUGUCCGUUCACACGGGACAAGACCAUCUGGAACGGAUCAGCCGAAUUUGAGGAAGAAAAUUCGGCCGUUUUUCUCAGACAUCGACUCUCACCAUCCGAGUUAGACGCCGCCCACCCAGAUACUGCCCCUUUGCUUCUCAGAGUGGCCGACAGAUUCCUAUCGGCCGUUCGGAUAGUCCAGGAUGCCAAGUUCUGCUGCGACUCAUUUACUAUAUUGAAAAUUUACGGAACAUCUAAGGUCAAGCUGUCACAAAUCAAGUUUCAGCUGGCAGAACAGAUGUUGGUUUGCCUUGAUAAGCUUUGUGUCCCAGCCACAGCGCUUCAAAAGUAUCAAAUCAGGCUUCGCCUGAGGCGAUUGUCCCAAGAGAUCAUCGAUUUCGCCACUGAACAAAUCCUCGACCCAGGAAGAGAUAAUGUUUGUCACAUGGCGUCGUUGGCGCUGCAGGUUCUUUGUGUCGGCUUCCUAUCCUACGCACAAGCCCAUAUCGGAAUGUUGAAGCCAAUUUUUGUCGACACACCACUAAAACGUAUCAGACUUCUGGGAACGGCGUCAUCGAGCAGUCCGUUAAAUUGUAUUGAAGCAAAUCUUGUUGACCUGACUUGUCUUGGUGGUUUGUGUCAGGGUCCGGUGCUUGCAUUUGAGCAUGGGUGGCGCAUCUCACACCAUCGUCUCGAGAAAUUCGAUGUGCUUGCCCGUCCCGACGACAUUUUAGACACAUGGGGUCCUGGUGAGCUCAUAUUUCGGCAAAAUGAGACCUCACCAUUGGGAAUCAAAAUAGGCGGAGGAUAUAUCAGCCAUCCACCAACAAUACCACACGACAAAUACCACUGGGAUCGCUUCUUAAGCAUGCCUAACUGGUCAUCUUCGCCAGAGAGUCUGAAGUUUGGAAGAGAAAUCCUCAUUGGAGGCUUGGUAACAUGCAACAACCGCUGCAGCAACGACGAAAAACUCUGCUGGACAGGAUCUUUGAGAGAUUUUGAAGAACUAGGCACAUAUCGAGGAUAUCUCGAAUCCACCGAAUAUCAGCUUGGGUUCCAGAGUGGAGUGGACCACUUCAACAUCACUGGCACCAAGGUUUGGGCCAAGAGACGUGGCAGAACAAUCAAAGAUAAGAACCUUGAGCGAGACGAUGACAUGCUCGUGCCAUUUCUUGACUUUUACUGGGGAGUCAGAGUCAGUUUCUGCACAGGAGUCGCCCAACGAGUGUUGCUGCGCCAGCUCGUGGCCGGCCUGUUGCCGGCAUUUUCGCAGUCCAUGAUUGGGAGUGGGUUCAGCGAUCUCUGGACGGACCUGGAGACAAACCACGGGUUCACCCAAGUUCUUAGAAACGAUGCAGUCUCCAUUCGCCAUUGGAUGGGUAGCCUGCCGGAAGAGCUGUGCCGCCUCGGGCUCCGCCUGGUCCGACUUAUACUUGGCACACUUCAAGACACGGGUUUAAGUCCGGAUGGCACGAACUUCCUAGUGGCGUGGCCACAUGACGGGAUGGUCAAUCGGUGUUUUCGAAUCCCGCUAGGUAAGGAUAACAAGUGGACGCCAAUGCUUGCAGACUCUGACGAUUGCGCUACGUUCGCAUACAUGUCGAACAUGUGUCUGGAAGCAGGAGCCAUCACUUGUCGCGGUCCAAAUCCAAAGUGGGAGGACAAGAUUCGUCUUCUCGAGACGGCGGUGUUAUGCCCGGCCAGCACUGAGGCUUUGCAGCAUGAGCAGACUUAUUUCUUCUACAAGCUAACCAAUAACUUGUUCUGGGUGAAGUGCACGAGAGAGUCCUUCAGUCGCACUGGUGAAACUAGACUCUAUACGGUCGUUACCGUUUGA